AUGGAAUCACUAGUAAAAGUACCAUAUAAUUUGUGGCCUCAACUACGAGAUUUAUAUCUGUUAAAUUGGCCGAAGGGAGCAAGUGCUUAUUGUCUAUUAGAUACACAAAUAAAUAAUCCAAAAUUAAGAAAAGAAUUUAAUUUUACAGUGUUUUCUCCGUUUGGAGACAUAAAUAAUGGGAUGAUAGGCUUUACACACAUGGGUGAAUCCGUUCAAGUUAUAAUUCUGCCUGUCAAUAACACAGUAAUGAUAGAAAAAGCUUUAUUAAUCACAAAUUUAAUUGACUGGAAUAGAAAUGUAUUAGUACCAUUCGCCAGUCCCGACGUUGUUGACUGUCUUCUGAGAUUAUCCAAAACAAAGAAAAUAACAAUUAUAUAUGAGAACGGCAAAGGUGUUAAACAUCUUUUAGAGAAAAAUUCCACAAUUUUUAACAUUAGUUUUCCAGAUGAUACUUAUAUAGCAUCCUUAACGCCAGAAUAUAUUGAGACUGUAGACAAAACUUGGUCAUAUUAUAGCAAACAAUCUAACGAAUUCUUUAAAACCCUAAUGGAUAACGAUAUGACAUACGUCCUUUAUUCGUCUAACGAUCACAAGCCAUUAGCCUGGGUCACUAUAAACGAAGCUGGAGCACUUACGCACCUCUUUUGCCUAGAGCCGUUUAGAGGACGGGGAUAUGCCGAAACUGUAACUAAAUUUGCGUGCAACGACCUUUUAAAGAAGGGUAGAAACGUAUUGGCUUACACCAUUGAAGAUAAUAAGGGUUCGCAGAAAUUGCUUGACAAAAUUGGGUUUAAGAAAACAUUUAAUGAAAUCGUAAUACAAAGUCCAAGUGAUGAUACACAAAAACUGGAGCAGGCACUAAGGAGUACCAAAUUAAUAGAUUGGAAACAAUCAUUUGAAGUGCCUUUUGCACCUAAACAUAUUAUGGACUGCGUGAGAAGAAUAAUCUUGGAAAAGAAUUUAAAGAUAGACAGCUUAACGUUCACAGAAACUUUCAUGUUAGAUAAAAGUAAAUCUUUGUUUGAAGAUGUCAGACUGCCAAAGGAGCUUACUUUCAAAUUAUUGUCACUUGAAUACGUUGAAUUAGUUAAUUCUACCUGGCCACAUCGAUAUCCUGGUUCUUCGUGGUACUACGAGCUACUAACCCGAGCUAACCUAGGCUACGGUUUGUUCAAAGAAAGCGAACUUAUUGCCUGGGUAUAUAUAAAAGAAAUGGGUGCUCUCGGGCACUUAUAUACAGUAGAAGAACAUAGAAGGAAGGGCUACGGAGAGUUGAUUUUAAAGUUAAUAUCAAAUAUUCUGUUAAAGCAAGGUAGAUAUGUAGUCGCUUUUUGUGUGAAAGGAAAUACUGGUGCUUAUAAAUUAUAUAACAAAUUAGGAUUUGAGCGUACUGAUGAGAUUGCAUGGUGCACAAUUUCACAUAAUAAUUUAACAAACUAG